AUGGCGUCAACCGCGGCGCCGUCGUUCGUUUGCACGUGCAGAGCUGCCGGCGCGCUGAGAGCAGACGCGCUAAAAGGAGACGCGUUAAAGGAAGGCGCGGCUGCCUCGCACUCCUGGGCUUGCCAGGCCGGCUCGCCUGCCAGGAACUACGCGGUUGUACGAAGCUUCGUUCUCGCCAAAAUCUUUCCGUCUCCCUACACCCACCCGCAAGCCCAUUCGUUCCGCCCCGCCACGCCGGCUUCCGCGUCCGCCAACCUCACCGGCGGCGAUAGAGACCCUUCCGCGGACGACGUUCACGUGCCCAUCUCCCCUGACCCCAAAAAGACCGCCCCCAUCCCCGUUACAAGCCCAUCCGCUCUCUCCUCAUUCCGCUCGCUGUUCAAUCUUGAGAAGCACUACGCGUUUUACGGCUCGUACCACGACGACCCGGUGAACAAGGCGAUCCACAUGGUCUUUGUGUGGCCCAUCCUCUUCUCCGCGCUCGUCCUCCUCCAGUACACGCCGUCUUUAAUCUCCCUCAGCCACCCACUCCUCGCCGCUUUAGCUAGGCUCGUGCCGCAGGUGCCUGUACCGCUUCCUCUCGCGCUUCCGGGCAGCGGGCUGGUGUUUAACUGCGCGGCGCUGGUGUCGGUGGUGUACGCGGCGUUCUACAUUGGGAUGGAACGGCGCGCGGGGUCGCUCGCGGCGCUGAUGGUGGGCGGGUGCUUCGUGGGCUCGCGCGCCUUCAUCAAAGCCGUGGGCGCCGGGCGCGCGUGGAAGCUCGCGGUCAUCGCACAGGUGGUGUCGUGGGGCGGGCAGUUUCUGGGCCAUGGCGUCUUCGAGAAAAGAGCGCCUGCACUAGUGGACAAUUUGGCUCAGGCAUUGCUCAUGGCGCCACUCUUCGUACUCCUUGAGGCGCUGGAGCGGCGCAUAGUCUUACGGUUAGUCAUGGGCACAGCUCGUGCUCUGAAGGCUAGGCUGAACUGA